AUGUGCAAUGAUGGUGGCUCGAUCGCCGUCUGGAACGACAGGAAGACAUUGCUUGAAAUCUCUUCCGAGAAUGACGCCUUUUCCUGCAAAAGGUCGAUCAUUUUGACAAAUAUCUUUGAGUGUUCGAUCGACGCUUCGGGUUUUGUCAUGUACCUGCCAUUUAGCGUUUCGAUUUUCGACAAUGCGAAAUACGCCUUGAUCGGGACCCUUAAAAAAAUAUUUAUACAAAUAUUUUACGGUACCUGUAGGGUUGAUGUGCUUCCGAUACUUGAGAAGCAAGUAUGGAUUGUACGGUUCCACAAAUGUGAAUUGUUCGACCACUUAGACGCCGACGACGAUAGAAACUUCUACCUCUUUGUCAAUUACAUUCAAGAGUCAAAGCCUUACACUAUUGAGGAGUUGCUUAGAUUUGUUCUAUGUUUCGUUGGAAUUUUUGGAAGUACAAUUGUACUUUUUAAAUUGCAAGAGCUCAACGACCUGAGUCAAGAUAUAUUAUCAUUUCUUUUUAAAUGUCCAAUCAGCAAAUUAAGUAAACUGGAAUCAGCACAAGUGGAGAUGCUUAUUGCUACUUUGACUUUACAGAAACCGGAAAUCAAGAUUUCCGACAUAUUCACUAUUGGUACAGGACUACUUGCAUCGAUUUCAGGAACGGUACUCACCUAUGUCCUUGUAGCACUACAGUUUCACGCCAUAUGGUCUACUAAAUAAAUACUUUAUUUUUUCACUGUACACCGC